AUGAACGCGUAAGGAUUGCGAUCUGGAACACGGAUCAGGAACGGCUUCGAGCUGCGACUGGUGACCCAGGUCUGGUAUCAGCACUCGAACAACAUCGCUUUGUGGUGGCAUGGUUCCAAAAACAUCUGAAGAUCUCCAUUGACACGAUGCCGAAAAACAUCAGCAGUGAAACAUCAGUCGAGGAUGAGAUCGCCUCGCUCAAGUAUCGGCGAGAUCGGGCUGCUCAUCUCCUCAAGCUGUUCAACGAUUAUAUGACUUUCCGAGUUGCCGAUGUACCUGAAGUGUUUUGGCUAGACGCUGCUGUCACUUCCCCGAUCGAGGGGCCGCCUUUCUUCACGAGAAUGUGGAACGAAGACUCUCGUUCCCAGUUCAGCGAUUCGCUGGGAUUUCAAUGCUCAGAUUGGAAGAACGUCACACCUGCUGCAUCUUUUGACGAGUUCAAGAUGCAUGGAGAUGAGAUGCGGCAGAGCUUGACGAAUCACCUUGAGACUAAGAAGUCUUCUCGCUGGAUUUCUGUCUGGGGUAGCAUGGAAGACGUACUUCACCGUGCUUACUAUCCGGAGUAUAGUCGUGCCAACUGUCAGGUCGCAAUCAUUAGUGUCCCAAAAUUGAAUCGCCUCGGAAUACUGUGGCAAAGCUCAGAUGACCUUACUGAAGACGUUGGCCUGGAGGAAGCCGCCAAUGCCUGGUGGGCCCAUGUUCUCGUGUAUGGCUGGAUACCAGCCCAAUGCGUGAUCCGAGUCUUUCCUUUCGAUCACUUUCAAAGCUUGUGCACGGAAAGGGGCAUCAGAAGUGAGUGCUCUGAGUCUAUCAGGAUGUGCAAAACUGACCGACUUAGCCGUCGUUCCUGCUGCUCGAAGACCUCUCGACCUGCUUCCGAAAAGGAGUAGUGUAAUGAAGGAGCUCGGCAUCGGAGGGGGAGCUAUGUAGAUGUAGGUAGCUUGGGGUCUGUGAGUACGCAGCUUUUCUCUCGUAGACAAGUAUUGCAAGAACCACGGUGAAGCAUGGUAGUGAGUCCUUGAGAUGGCCAGAUCCAGCACCUGCAGGUUCACACAUGUCUUCGAGAUGAUAUCAUGA